AUGGAGGAAUUGCAAGCUAGACACAGAAAAGAGUUGAGGGAUCUGCAAGGGCGCAUCACGCAGAUAAAAAAGUCCGCAACGAAAAAGACGCGCAAGGGUGUUAAUGACCAGUGCGAUCGCCUCUAUCAUGAAUUACUUGAAAAGCAACGUGCUGAAAUAUCUGCUCUCCAUGGCGAUAUGGAACCGCCUACAAGUGAUCUUGACCGCCUCAACCUAGUUAACGGUGCGGGGGACUCAGAAUACCCCUCCGAAAAUGACAAAGAGAAUUCGAACUCCCAAACAGCUCCCAUUUCUACACCUGAUACCCGGCUUGGCACCUCAGCACCUCCCAAAGAGACGACGCCCCAAAAGAAGCCAAAUCGCCAGAAGGCACGCCUAGCCCGCCGUGCUGCAGAGCAGGAAGCCGAAGCUGCCAGAGCCGCAGAGGAAGCAGCCAGUCAGAUGGACCACAGGGGCAACGAGAAGAAGAACAUGGACGCAGCUUUCUCCCGUCUUGGAUUAAAGGAGAAGGAAAUUCGUCCCAACGGGCACUGCCUCUAUGCCGCUGUUGCCACUCAGCUCGUUGACAACGGCAUUCCGCUCAGGGAAUCCAUAUCUGCGACUGAGUCCGGGGUCGGUGCUGUCGGAUAUCAAGCUGUGAGGGAUGUAACGGCUAAUUUUAUUACAAAUCACGCGGACGAUUUCGCGCCAUUUAUCGAAGAAUCACUGUCCCGGUAUGUCCGCAAAAUAAGAGACACUGCAGAGUGGGGCGGGCAACUGGAGCUACAGGCUAUUUCGCAAGCAUACGGCGUUCAUAUUAAUGUGGUUCAAGGAGAUGGACGAAUAGAGAAGUUUGAGCCCCCAAAUAGCAACGCCGGAGAAGAAAAGACAAUAUGGCUUGCCUACUAUCGGCAUUCUUAUGGUUUGGGAGAACACUACAACGCUUUAGAAAAAGAGUCUUGA